UGGCAUUUAUUUCAUUCAAAGAAUUUCCUUUUUUUUUUUAAUAAAAAAAUGUCGAUUCUAAGUAAAAAACAAUGAAUGCGAAGCAAUUACGAGGGUUAGUGAGCGAAACGAGUACGACUGGAGCCUCCAAAUAAAUUAAAAUAUUGACACUUAGCCGGUCUUUUUUACCGGUAUAAACAAACGGAUAUACUAAAGUAGUAAAAUUUAUCUUGAAUGACAAGUUGUUUACGGCUAGCUAUGCAGGACAAGCUUUCUACGGAGCCUUCGUGAUCGAUACGUGUAAUCCUCAUGACGUAUGGCUGAUUUACGAUAAAUCAAUAUCGUUUAGCAAUUUCUUAUGUUCACUUGUCGGGGAUAAAAAGCUAUUUUCAAUUCUAGAACAUUGAUGCAAUGGUUUCUGUUUAAAACUACUGUAAAAAGUAGUAUCCGCAAGCACCAAAAGAACGAUGCCAAUUGAUUUUGAGAUGUUCUUAUCAGCCAGUCCACCCAUUUUCAACACUGCUACUUUUAUGGAUUUUGGUUACAAUCCCUUUCGUGGUCCUAACAAUCGCAAUCAGUUCAAUUCAGCUUUAAACUCAUACGACUGCGCCAGAGACAUGAGGUCUUGUUUAAUGGCAAAAUCUGAUGAAGAAAACAAUAGGGAAAACUACAAAAAGAGAGUGUGUUUCGCCGAUGAUAAAGGCUUAGCCCUCACCCAUGUCAAAAUCAUGUCAGAGCCUUCAAAUUGCCCUCCAAAUUGGACUGAUGAGUUCUUCAAGCAAAUCAUUAAUGGCGUGAAACCUAGCCCAACGUCCGAAAUCCAGUGGGUAGCUCAAUUUGCCCAACCGGCUUCAGAUUACAUGGAAUUCCGCGACAGAUUGCAGAAGAAUUGUGUAUCUUUAGAAAAUGUAAUAAUACGAGAUUCUGAAUCGUUGGUUUCUGGUACAAUCAAAGUAAAGAACAUUGCAUUUGACAAAGAAGUUUUCCUGCGUAUCACUUUCGAUAAAUGGAAUAGCAGCGAGGACGUGCAAGCCGAAUUCGUUCCUUCUGGCAUUGAAUCUGGCAACAGUCCCUACGACACAUUUUCUUUUGUUUUUACCAUACCUCCUAAUGCUUCCAAAUACGAGGUCAUAGAAUUCUGUGUGUGCUUCAAGUGUUCUGCUGCGGAACACUGGGACAAUAAUAAUGGAAAUAAUUACAAGCUGGUUGUUGUAAAUCAAAAGUCUCCAUCGUCGGUUGGAUUUGGAAAGCAGUUUGAGGAUGCGCUGAAAGUGAAUAUAGGUUCUUGGUCAGAGUUUGCUAGUUGGAACCAUUUAAUCAAUGAAGGGCCUUAUUGGUAACUUCAUAACAUUUCAUUGAAAAAAUGAAAAUCACGUCACGUGACUGCGAGAUGUGUAUGUAGUUUUCAAGUUGAUGAAACAGCUUAGUUUAUACAUAAAGUCUUAUGCUUUCCUUCAGUGUUGUACAGCUCGCAAAUGUGAUUGCAGUUAAGAUCAUUUAACUCUUUUUAUUCUACAACAGGAUAAUCAUUGAGAGUAGAAGCUUUUAAUCGCAUCAAAAUGUUUAUUUAUCAUAUUAUCCGAUUCAUCGUUGGAUUUCCUGAACAUGCGAACUUUUUUUGCUUGCAAGAGAAGCUUUUGGAAACAUGAACUUUUCGAGAAAUUUCUUGAAAUGGAUAUUGUUUAAAAUAAUAUUCAUUUAAAAGAAGCAGAAUUCUUUCUGGUUGCCAUAAUACAAGUGCAGUGCUCCCAAUAAUAGCCAAUUUAAUUGAAGUGCUGGUUUCUUCAAUGGGAUUGAGUUUCAUUGAUUGUCGGGUUUCUGUGUUCCAGUGUUUUUUUCGAGCACGGAAAAACAAACUAUUCAACAUAUCACGUUUAAGUUUGAUAUAGUGAACUUAUAUAGUGUGUCUCAAGCUUAGCAAUGCUGUGGAUCAUGUUGCGAUUUUUUCAAAGUUUAACAUAUUUACUUAAUGUUGCUGUGAAAUUUGAUAACUAAAUUACAUUAAUGUAUGUUGUAUUAUACAAUCUCCAUAUUUAUAGAUAAUUGAAAACCGUCCUGAGAUGUGAUAAAAUUCUUUUUUCUUUUCAAUGCUGCUGAAGUUAUUGAAAGAUUCAAAUAUUUUUAUUGCAUCAUUAAAGCGCGAAAUUUUCUUUUUUUUUCUUUCAAUGCAAACUUUACGAACAAACAAUUUCACAGUAAUAUAUUAAUAAACAACUUUAUUCUAUGAAUUAUGUUAUUUUUAAAAUUUAUCGGAUGGAUUGAGUUGAAUGCUAUUACAAAGACCACUUUUAAAUUUUUUUAGAACUUUAAUGGAUUGAAUGUUAUUUUACUUAUAUUAGUAUGUAUGUAUACAUUUUUUUUGCUUGAAGAAUAAAUUAUGAUGUAAUUAAAUAAAUGUUAAAGUAAUGAUGUGCCAUACAUAUAUUUGACAUCUCCACUCCAUCACCUGCAAAAUUGUUUUUAAAAAUUUAAACUAUUAGCUAUGAUUUUGAAUUGUCUUAUUCUAUUUUUGUUCUUUUUUCAAUGAUGUUAAAGUUGCUUUUAAUUUAUUAUAAAAUAGUUCAUAUGCACCCAGAAGUUUUUAAUUUGAUUUAUUUUAAUUUGCGUUUUUAACUGCGUUUAAAAAAUUUAAGAACUCUAUGAAAGCAAUUAUGUAAUUUUUUUGUAACAGGAAAGAUCUUUGACCAAUCUACAUCUGAAAUUCAAAGAACAUUUUUGUGAACUCUCUUAGAAAAUAAUUAAACUUCUUAUUCAAUAAACGCUAUUUAAAUAAAACAUUUUUAAGGAGUGGCGAGAGAUCUGAUAUUUAAUCAGAGAUAGUUUGAAUUAUACAUCAAACUAUUUCUACUUCGAACUACGAAGCGAAACAUAUUUGUAUUUGUUAUUUAAAUCUGUGUUCACUUGACACACAAUACAGGUGAACUAAGAAUUUGUACUUAUUGAUAAAAACAUUUUGGAUGUUUUCUUUUAAAUUUUAUACAAUUAACAAAGUAAUGUUAUUAUAAAUCUCAAUAGGUUAUUGAAUUAUGAUGAAACAGUUUUAUAAACGGAACAUUUUCUGGUAGAUUUCUCAUUAUCAUCUUCAAAGUAUUUUGGUUUCAUUUCGAAUUUGAAUUAAUUAAAUGAAUUCUUUCGAAUUCGUAAUAAUUUUGAUAUAUUAAAGCAUGGUAUUAAAUUGUUUCAUGACAACAAAUUGUAAGUUGAGUUACAUUUGAUUACUAAUGCUGUAUUUUAGCAGUUUGAAAAGUUGAAUAUAUUAUUAUGAAAGUUCAGUGAAUGUCGACUAUCUCCAAUGAAUGUCCGAAAUUCCGAAGAGAGAAAUUUUGAAAUUUAAUAAAUGUUAUCAAACAAUUACUUAAGCGAUUAGGUGUGAUAUUCAUUGCAUAAUGUCUAUAGUCACUAAAGUGACAAUUUCAUAUCGAUAUUUACCGAGUUUACAUUCAUUCAUGUAACUAUGUGAGCUUAUAUUAGAUGAAAAAUGGUAACGUUGACUCAAGAGAUUAUAUGCAUAGCGAAUUUCACUAUAGUACCUAUAUGCUUAUCGAUAUUCAUUAAAGUAAUUAUAUGUAAUAAUAUUUUCCGGAUAUUGUCGACAUUCGCUUAUUUCAGUCUUUGAUAUUAAAAAUAUACAACUUGUAAACUGGGAGAGAAACUGGCUUAAAUCGAAUCAAAUUUCAAACUAUUUUUUUUUCAAGUAGAUAUUUUGGAUUUCAAAAAUUUUAUAAAAAUUAAAAACUUGUGGAAUUCAUACAAAAAAAAAAAACGUGCUCAAAAUUACCAUGACUCUUUAUUUUUGUUGAUGUAUGAAAUGUUUUGAAAGUAAGAAAAAUAUAUUAAUUCACAUCGUUGACAUGUAAAAAUGAUGUUUAUAAUUGUUUAUUGUUCUUUUUUGAAAAUAGUAUUAUUUGUUGUAAAAUGUCUUUCAUUACUCAAGAUAUAAUGUACUAUUUGUGAGUGAACCAAAAUUUAUUAUUCACAAACGGCGCAAUAUGAAAUGCGGGUAAACUAAAGAGCUUUUGCUGGAAACAAAGUGACAUGAAAAAACUGAAUUUUAAGAACUAAGUCUGACUUUUAAGAAUAAGAUGUGUAAAAAUGGUGCGUAUUUACGAACUUCGACUUAUUCGUUACUUCAAUCUGAAGUUUAUUUCUGUACAUAAAGAACUGUAGUUAUUUUUGUGAGAGAUGGAAGUAUUUAUAGAUUUAAGUCAUUUUGCUAUUGGAUAACGUUCCUGGUUUUUGAAUUUAUUUUCAUAUUGUACAUUUAUCAUGAUUCAUUGUUUAUAUAAUCAUUGACUGUGAUUGAAAUAUGCAUCUUAGUUGUUUAGAGGAUUUUAUUGUAUAUUUCUCUUGAGAGUGGUGCCAAGCUCGUUUGGUUUUAUUUUUCUGUAAAAAAAUUGUUUUAUUAUAAAAGAGUUUUACAAAAAUG